AUGGGCUUUGUAUUCGAUCACUCGAGCCCCCACCCAGGCAGGAUGGGUGAAAUCUACGAAGAUGAGGACUACAUUCCAAUGUCCCCAGCAAUCCCGCCUGACCCUACCGAUGGGAUUCGGACUAUUGACAUUAGCCACCUGGGGCCUCUUCUCAUUGCGGAGCGGAACCCCAUUCGUCUCCCAGAAGUUUUGGCGAGCUGGAGACGAAAGCUCCUGCGGCCGUUUAAUCGGAAGCGUGUCGAUAAGGGGAAGCAGCCGAUGGGAUCGGCUGAGGAGCUAGAGACUUCGGAAGAGGAGCCGGAAACUCCGGUUGAGGGAUCAGAGGGAUCGGGUCAAGAAUCGGGCAGCCCUGGUGAUUCGAGAAAAGGGUCCUUCUCGUCUCUGUCCUUGUCUGCCGGGAAUAGAUUGAAGACUGUGACCAAGCCAUUCCGUCGUUAG